AUGAAUACCGCGACAUCUCAGCUGGAGAAUUCCAACAUCGAGAACGAGGCAGGGUAUGAAGGCACUCACACCGCGCCUCGGAUUCAGGGACUGCCUAGUAUCACGGAUUUGCAGCGCUUCACUCGAGCCCUGCAAGACGGAACUGCAUUCCGCGCGGACACCUACCGACCCAACUACGGUAACCACCCCGCGAGCUCCUAUCGACCCGACUACAACAACCAGCCCACGAACUCUUAUCGACCAGAGCGCCGCUAUCUCUCCCGUAACGUUGUGCGCCCCUCAAACUUUGCCGAGCUCGGUGCCAUCUUCGUACCCAAGAAAGUGCACCAUGAGCGCGAGAACUGCUCUUCUGUGAGCUUCUGCGACCACCAGGAGUUCUACAUUGCCUGGGAUGCACAUGACCCUCACAACAACCACGGCUCCUACAAGCCGCACAUGCAACGCUUCGAGGACCGUUCGCCUUGGGCAGAACAUCAGAACUGUCCGCCCCCAAAUAUUCCGGCCUGCCUCAAGAAGCUCGCCAGGAAAAUCAUCGGAAAGUUUGAAGGCAUGGAGAACGGUCGGCUGAGCUACCUUGAUAUCAAGGAUGGAAAGGCGCCGCGACGUGCACCGCCUAUCCAACGUGUGGAGCGCGAGGUGCAAAACAUGUACUCACAGAUGUUCCGCGGCAAGUACGAUGAGAUCAUUGAGGUGAAGGGGGCGAUGAGGGCCAAGUUUGAUGCUGGUACUAGGCGCAAGGAACAAGCCAAGCAGAUUUGGCUCCAGGCGAAACUGGAUGGACAUCGGGGCGAGAUAGCAAAAGGCAUUAACGUGGAUGAACUGGAAGAUGAUACACCGAUCGUAAAGCAAAAGACUAAAAAGACGCCUAAGCAGAUUGCUGAAGACAGGGUCCAGCGGAGUCGUCUGCGGAAGGGUCUCGCAGUGAAGACGAAGGCUGCUCCUGAGCCCAGCGAUAGGUACAAGAUCACAAAGACCAAAGUUGCUCUCAGCACCCAUUCUCUAUCCAACAGCAAAGUAGCCAAGGAGGUAUCAAAGCUCACUAGCUCACCCUCCAAGACACCUGCGCCCAACUCAAGGAAGCAUAAGAAACCUCACACUGACGAAGACACCAUAAAUGCUUCAUCUACCAAGAAGUACAAGUCCGCUGCCAUCAUUGAAGAUAGCGAUGAAGAAGCUGACUACCCACUUCCCAAAGCACCUCCCCCACCAUCCACUCUACCAGAAGAAGUCGUCUCCGCCCCCGUCCGCGAAGAGUGGUCUGCCGAGGCUGAGGAGCUGGUUGAGGAAUUACAUCACCACGAGGACGAGCGUGAGGCAGAGUUGCUAUCAGUCAGUUCAGUCAGUCCGGAGCUCUCUGGACUGACUGAACUGACGUCCUGA